UUCUGACACUAUUUCUGAUCAUGGGGGAUCUGAUGGACGAUUCACCCCUGGCUGCUUUCCAGAAGGAUCCACUGGAACUUCAGGUGGAAGAUGUGUACGAUAUCUCGUAUGUCGUCGGUAAAGACUUAUUAAAGAUCAACAAAGGUGGUCAGGACGUGUCCGAUUUACAGUUCAAAAUCGUCCGAGUGUUGGAGAUGUUUGAGACCCUGGUCUGUCGGUACAGUCUGUCUCUGGAGGAGCUGAACAUGGAGAGGGACAAUCUCAAAUCCCAACUGGACCGAGUCGUUGCAGAAGGUUCCACAACAAGUACCAACAGUCAGAUCAUUGGACCAGACAAAUUAGUGAUCGAUCUGAAGGACCCAAACAGACCACGAUUCACCAUGCAGGAGUUGAAGGAGGUUCUACAGGAGAGGAACCAACUUAAAGCACAGCUUCUGGUGGCCCAAGAGGAGCUGCAGCUCUAUAAAAGUGGCAUUUUACCUCAACACGCGCCGAACAUGGUGGACGUGGACCUGGGGGCUCCCUUACCGUCAGAACCAGCAGCUUCCCAAGAGGACAAAAACGGACUCAAAGAUGAGAAGACGACUAUUCAGAAACUGUUCUCAUUUAGAAGAAAAUGACCAAGCCAGAGUUUCAUCAUGACUACACACCAACAACUGGAGUUUUUUAAAGCCUUAAAACACUAAAAGCACAUUUUAAAUAAAUCUUUUGUAUUUUUUAUUAGUUGCUAAAUCCGUCACUUAGAUGAUCAGCAAUACUUGGCAACCCUGACACGUCUUUCACAGGUUUACUUCACCGCUGAAGUAAGAACACUCGGAACACUAAUCAACAAAUACAUCUAAUUUUACUGUACAUUACAAAUGAGAGUACAACCCCAAACCAGAAAAAGUUGGGACAGCAUGAAAAAUGCAAAUAAUAAAAUAAAAA